UUACUAACCACCAGAGACCAUAAAUAUUUAUACGCACUUGUAUUUUUACAAUAUUUUUAGUUAAAUAUCAUUCAAAUAUUCAUUAAAAAAGUUUAUUUAAAUUUUUAUUUACCAAAUAUUUAAAUAACAUCAACAUUUCCACAGAAACAGAAAAUGUAUCAUUUAAGUAGAAUAUGUUUCAUUCUAUUAAUCGGAAUAUCGUGUACAAGUGCUCUGGUAAGAAAACCAAUCUUCAGUAAAAAGCAUUCAAAAUCUCAAGUUGGAAAAAAAAGUGCAACGGCUGUAGAGUUUAAUGACCAGUAUGUAACAAGAGGGACAUUAUAUAUUCCUUAUGCUGAGAUAAAAGAACCAUUUUAUGCCUGGUACGAUGGCAAACUUGGGUCAAGUCGUAUUGACUAUUAUGGAGGUAUGGUAAAAACUUUUCAAUUGAGUGGUGAUGGAAGUCAUGGAUCGAGUAUUAAAAUCGCUCCAAUGACAACAGAAGAGGAAAUGAACAAAGAAUCAUGUUUCAAAAUUUACGGAGAUGAGCAAAUGGCUAUACGUCCACAAACAAUUUUGCCUGACACUCAUGGCAUGCAGUGCAUCGGUGAAGAAAUGAUUAAUGGAAUUGAAUGUGAAAAAUGGCGUCUUGUUGAGAAAUUUGGUGAAAAGACAAAUAAAUAUACACUUUGGAUCAGAUAUAAGAAAUCAUCUGAGAGUGGAAUAAAACAAGCGAUACCAGUAAGAUACGAAAUGAAAGGAUUCAAUUCCCUGUUGGGAUCUCAUUAUGAUCAUUAUUAUUUAAAUUACGAUUGGUACUCUUAUGAAACUCCAGAUGCCAAUGUCUUCGAAGUAGCCAACAACAUGUCUUGUACUGGAUUCCCUGGACCUGGAGACCGUCACCUUUUCACUUUCAAUCCCAUGCGAGAAUUUAUUUCCAAUGAUCAUAGACACGUUGAUACCGAGUUUAAUAUUUUUAAAAGAAAAUACAAUAAACAGUACAAAGAUCUCAAGGAACACGGCAACCGUACGGAAGUAUUUCGUCAAAACUUGAGAUACAUUCACUCAAUGAAUCGUAAGAGUCAAGGCUACCAAUUGGAAGUUAAUCAUCUAGCAGAUCGUACUGACGACGAAUUGAAAUAUUUACGAGGAAAACAGUACACUCCAAAUACUUACAACGGUGGACUUCCUUUUCCACAUGAUGUAGAAAAAGAAUCUGCAAAAAUACCAGAAAGUCAUGAUUGGAGACUUUUUGGAGCAGUAACUCCCGUUAAAGAUCAAUCAGUUUGCGGUUCUUGUUGGAGUUUCGGUACAACAGGUGCAGUUGAAGGCGCUUACUUUAUGAAAUACAAAACACUUGUGAGAUUGUCUCAACAAGCACUCAUAGAUUGCUCAUGGGGCUACGGUAACAAUGGCUGUGAUGGUGGUGAAGAUUUCCGAUCAUACGAGUGGAUAAUGAAACACGGUGGACUCCCAACAGAAGAUGAGUAUGGCGGUUACAUCGGACAAGAUGGUUACUGCCAUAUUAAUAACGUUACAUUGACUGCCAAAAUGGCUGGUUUUGUUAACGUCACUACCGGGAGUCCCGAUGCUCUAAAAUUAGCUCUUUUCAAACAUGGCCCAAUAUCUAUUGCUAUUGACGCUUCACAAAAAACUUUCUCAUUCUACUCAAAUGGUGUUUACUAUGAUCCCAAUUGCAAAAAUACUCCAGAUGGUUUAGAUCACGCCGUCCUAGCAGUCGGAUAUGGAACAAUGAAUGGACAAGGUUACUGGCUUGUUAAAAAUUCAUGGUCUAAUUACUGGGGUAAUGAUGGCUACAUACUCAUGGCUCAGAAAAAUAACAAUUGCGGUGUUAUGACAGCACCAACUUAUGCUAUAGCAGCGUGAAAAAAAAAAAAUACUAAAUUAGUCUGUGAUUUUUAAUUACGAAUUUAAAGAAAAAAAAAAAUUUCUAUAUUUGAAAUUAAAGUUGGUCAUAUAAAAUCACUGACAUCAAGACUCAUUAAAGUAAGAUCAUUAUUUUUUUAUUAGACAAUUACGUUACGUUUAGAUUAUAUUGUAUCAUUACUAUUAUAGUAAACUAUAAAUAUAUCCUGUUUAUAAGAUAUUAAAAUAAUUCAAUUUAACCUUAUGAAAUUAUAAUUUUUAAUAUGAGAAAUAAAUUUCCAUUAAUAUUUUC